AUGAAAUAAAUUCCCACCAGUUUAUAGUUUUUUUUCAUAAAAACAAAAACAUCAAGUUGUUGUAACGUUUUGAAGACGCAUGCGAAGACUCCGAGUCUCCGAUAGUAAUUACUAAGCAAGUCACCUGCUUUGUGUUAUAAACUUCUAACGAAUAGUUUGAUCACUGAUCGCUUCCUUAGCUUUGUCUCUGUUCUUCAAUGGCGAUUCGCUCUCUGCAACGAAGCAAAUUAUGGUCUGAAAGCAACUGGCUUGUCGCUUCACUCCGACUCGUCUUGAUCGUAUAUUCCCUUUCUUUCUUCGUCGAUUCAACUUCAGACCGUAGCAAUAUGGUCAGACUUACGUUGUCGAGUAAAGCUAAAGACAGAGGAGCUUUUUGCUUAGAUGGAAGCUUACCUGGGUACCACUUUCAUAAGGGUUCAGGAUCUGGCUCCAAAAGCUGGCUUCUCUUUUUAGAGGGUGGAGGCUGGUGCGAUACAAUUGAGUCAUGUUCUUCUAGAGCAAUGACUAGCUUAGGUUCUUCAAACUACUUUAAACAUGAAGUGGCCUUUCUUGGCGUUUUAAGCAGUGACCCAUCUCAAAAUCCUGACUUCUUUAACUGGAAUAGAGUCAAUAUACGGUACUGUGAUGGUGCUUCUUUCGCUGGACACCCUGAAGCUGAAUUCAAGAAUGAAACGCAGCUUUUCUUCCGGGGGCAGCUCAUUUGGGAGGCCAUUAUGGAUGAACUGUUGUCGAUGGGCAUGUCACAUGCCAAACAGGCCAUUCUUACAGGAUGUUCUGCAGGUGGCUUGGCAACUCUUAUACAUUGUGACUACUUUCGAGAUCAUCUGCCAAAAGAUGCAUCUGUUAAAUGUGUUUCCGAUGGAGGCUUCUUUCUCAACGUGCCUGAUGUCUUAGGAAACCCAACAAUGGAAUCUUUCUAUCAUGAUGUUGUUACCCUGCAGGGGGUAGAUAAGAGCUUGGAUCAGAAUUGUGUAGCCAAAACAGAGCCAUCUAAGUGUAUGUUUCCUCAAGAAUUCCUUAAAAAUAUAAGAACUCCGGUAUUUCUUGUCAACGCAGCCUACGAUUUUUGGCAGAUUCAGAAUGUCCUAGUACCAAAUUCUGCGGAUCCAGAUAAAAGAUGGGCGAUGUGUAAACUCAAUAUCCAGAACUGUGACGCCUCACAGAUGAAAGUUUUACAUGGUUUUCGUAGUUCUUUGAUGGAUGCUAUUGGGGGAUUUCAUCAGAGCAAAGAUGGUGGGAUGUUCAUAAAUUCGUGCAAUUCUCAUUGCCAGACAUCUAUAACAGAGUCAUGGCACUCUCCAACCUCAACAAGAAUCGAAAAUAAGACCAUUGCAGAGUCUGUAGGUGAUUGGUACUUCAACCGAAAACAGGUUAAGCUGAUCGAUUGUCCUUACCCGUGCAAUACCUCUUGUUGAAGUGCAAAUUGAAUGUGAUGCAAUAGUAAAUUGCGUCAAAGUUAUUAUUGUAACUGUAAGCAUGUUUAUCAACUGUGCAUGUUUUUUUUUCUUUUUAUAUAACCAAAACGUAAAAUUAUAUAAGCAUGAUGUAAUGAACUAUAUCUAUAUGAAUGAGGUAUAUUAUCUC